AUGGUUCUAAAUAUACGCGGUUAUCUGAGUCCACUUUAUCGGCGUUUGUCUAUCCGUUUGUUUCAUAACAGUCAAUCCGUUUGGAUUUUUAAGUGUUAUAAAGUACAAUGCAACACUGGGACUAACGCAACGAUGUCUACUCUAAGGACCUACAUUGCUGCUGCUGUGAUGUCCACCGUUAUACUCUUGUACUACUGCAACAGAAUAAUAAGCUACUCAGAACAACAUCAACGAUUCGUCACAUUCCGCUUCAACCCAUAUAGAAUUGGAAAUCAGAUGUUUCGGAUUGCAUCUGGAUAUGGUAUUGCAAAGCGGCUUGGUAGAACACUGUAUUUCAAUCUGAGUGCAGAGCUACCGAAAUGGAAAAGGACUAGGAUGGCGAUCUGUACUUAUAACGCACGUACGCUUGCAUCGGAAGCGGCCAUCGAAGAUCUGAUGAUGCAAGCGAAGAAGAUCAAGUACGACGUCAUCGGACUGACCGAGACGAGACGACGUCACCCUCUCAAAGCCGUAUAUGAGACUGGAGAAGAACUGUUCUUAGGAACAUGCGACAGUAGAGGUGUUCUGCCUGACGACGUCGCUGUUGUACCAAAUUUCUAUACGGGAUCGGACCAUCGCCUUCUUCGAGGAAAAUUUUCCUUCACAAGGAGAGCAGAGAAAGCCGCCAAGUUCAGAGAGAGAAAUGCCAGGACUACCAUCAACUGGGAUCUCUUCGCUCCACGAGUCGGCUUUUGGGAAGAUUCCAUAAUGGACAACAUCGACGAGGAAUACGACCGGUUUGUUGAACACCUUCACGACUGCGCGAAGAAGGCUGAGAGUUUUAAAACCAACAAUAGGCGCCUGUCUUCUGGAACUCUUGAACUGUUACGCCAGCGUGGAGCAGCACGAGCCGCAGGGAACCAAGCACUCACGUCCGAACUCGCAAGGCUUUGCAGAGAGGCGAUAAAGGUAGACCUUAAAGAGAGAAGAGCAGAAGUGCUGGCUGAAGCUACAGAGGCGGGGAAAAGCGUCCGCUAUGCCCGUCGAGACUUCGCCAGUCGCAAGACGAAGAUGACUGCUCUCCGGAACCCAAAGGGAACAGCCAUUGCAUCGAGAAGGGGGGAUGGAGAAAAUCAUUUACGACUUCUACUCUGA